AUGGUUCACCACGAACCUGUGAUCUCAAACACAUCCACAAAGUCGGAACAAUUCAUGAUACCAACAAGAAUUAGCGAACAAGAAAAUCCAACCACGACCAAUAAUGAAACUGCAAGUACUAUUUCUCACACAAUGACUAUUCCGAUUGAGGAACUUAAUGGAAGGAACAUGAAUGACGAUCAAUAUUCUCAAUUUAAAAACAAUCUCGAUGAUCUCGAGGCACAGCAGGAAAGAGAAAUUAACAAAUUGAAAAUUCCUGGAUCAUUCUAUCCAACGGAUGUGGAUUGGAAUAUUAUUGGCAAUUUUUCGGGAAUUGAAUCCAAUGUUCGGAAACAAUUGAGAGGAGUUUACAUGUUACUGGCUGCCUCUGUUCUUUGUGCCACAUUCGGAAGCGCAGUUUCUGUCUUUUACAACUUGCAACCUUCUAUUUUGUAUAGUCUUGUUUCGAUUGGGUUGAUAAUUUAUGUGAACUUUACAAGCUCGAUGGCUGGGUUGUUGGCUCUUGGUUUGAGCUUUGGUUUUCAAUUAGGACCUCUGAUAAGUCUUAUAAUUACAGACAUUGAUCCAUGGAUUCCGCUCUAUGCCUUGGUGGGAACAACUUUGAUUUUUAGUUGUUUCUCAGUCGCUGCUCACUUCUCCAAACGAAGAAGCAUGCUAUUCAUUGGAGCAACUCUCUCGAGCUUCCUCUCGUUGACAGUGUGGACUCUGUUUUUCUCUCUGAUUUUUGGAACAUUUGCAUUGUAUGAAGUAAUUUCAGUAUAUGGUGGUUUGCUGAUGUUUUGUGGAUAUGUGGUUUACGACACUCAAAUCAUCAUAGAACGCUGUCAUGCUGGAGAUGAAGAUCUUGUUCGAAUGGCGCUUCAACUUUUCAUCAAUUUCAUUGCUAUUUUCGUGAGAAUUUUGAUUAUUCUUUCGAAGAAGAGAUCACGCGAUAAUGAAUAA